ACCCCGCCGUACACAUCCGGAAGAAUUGUUUUUGCUGUGUGGUUGCUCACAGUACUGGUGCUCAUGAACGCCUUCACUGGUCAUAUGAAAGCGACAAUGAUGAUUAGGCCUGAGCCAGAACGAAUCGAUAGCAUGAAAGCUUUGUCGGCACAUCCCAACAUGAGGACGCUCAUAUGGAAAGGAACCGCCUACGAGGCCCUUCUCAAGAAUUCCAAGGAUGUCGAAGAGUAUCAAGCAGUAUGGAAGAUGGUGGAGCGGUGCAACGGCACUUACGAGACCAAUUCCCUUUAUUCUAUGAACCACCUACGUUCGGUGUUAUCCGGCGAGGCGGUGAUUGUGAGUGACGUAACGACCAUGCGCUACCACGUGUCACGCACCUGCCACCUGUUCCGCGAUGCCAACUACUACUUUGCCAAGGAGCAAUUUUUUCCCCACAAAUUUGCGAUCGCCCUGAGGAAUGGCACAGAUAGCAGAUUUACGGAGUUUAUGAACAAAAGGAUCAACUGGGUGGUAGAAAGUGGCCUGCUGCAAGCAUGGAUGAACAGGGAAUAUGGGGACUGGGCAGCCUGUUCUGCGGCCAACCACGAGGAAGUCUACACACCACUGUCGAUAUUUGAAGUGCAGUCCAUCUUCUUGCUCUACCUGAUGUUCACGGCGAUUUCUGUAGCUGCCUUUCUUCUGGAAGUUGCAUCUAAAGGAAAAGUGGAGUGCAUCAAAAAACCUGGAAGAGUUGUCAAGAUUAAUAUUACCACAGAUUCUCUAACUCAAGGAGAAGAGAAGACGCCCACAUUUAAAGGCACUAAUUUUGGGCCACGCCUGGAUGGCCAAAACAAGAACGCAACAAGAGCGCUUCGACAAGUCCGCAUUUUUUGACGAUUCCAGAAUAACAAUAAAAGUACUUCAGAUUAUCAUUAAAUUAGAUUAAUAUAGACUGGCUGUGCGCGUAUUCUGUUUGAUCAUCCUACGAGUUGAUCUUAGUACUU